UCGCGUUUUUCCCAUUGAUUGGGUUUACCUUCUAUUUCAAUCCACAAUAUCCCUGGUCUAGAUUUCCCAUUAGUUGGUGUAGGUGGUUGGUCUUCUAUGGAUAUUGGAAUACUAUCUAGACUAGUCGUUGAUGUAGACGAAGUAGCAUGUGUUUGCCGUGCUGUAAAUGUUAAACCGCUUAUUGUUGAUGGGGAUGACGGAGGUGAUGUAGGAGCAAAACAUACGAGCUCAAGCGGGAAGUAUCUUUCGCAAAUUCCAUUUUUUGUACAAGUUCUUACUAUAACACAUUGA